GCCCAGGCUUCACAAGCCAAGCCCACACCAGCCCGGGAUCAGCAUGGCCGUCCGUCUGUGGGUGGUCGCCCUGGCCUUAGCCGCCCUCCUCGUUGUGGACAGGGGAGAGCCAGUGUCAGGAGAAAAUAUCGUUUUCUCAAGAAUGCCCAUCUGUGAGCACAUGGCAGAGUCGCCAGAUUGUCCCCGGACAUUCAACCCGGUCUGCGGCACUGACGGGGUCACAUAUCAAAGUGAAUGCCAUCUUUGCAUAGCCCGGAUGAAAACCAAACAAGACAUCCAGAUCGUGAACGAUGGCAAAUGCUGAUCCCACAGGAACCUUGUAAGCCAUGAAGCUUCAGGCUGGAGAGCAGUGGUGGAGUGGAGAGGAUGUGACAUGAAAUAAAAGAUCCAGCCCAACCCA